UAUUCUGAGUAUUGACUAUGACUAGUCAGACUAUACUAUACUAUUGUCACUAUCGACAAGUAUUCUAGAUCUACAAAUAUAUAAUCUAUGUAUAAUAUAAAAAUAAGUGUAUUCAGACAGUCACAGUGUUACAGAGUGAGAGUGUAUUAACUUUAUAAUCACUUUCAAUGGAGUCUCAAGAAGACAUAAUGGAAGCAGCCAUAAAUCUAGAAAGUCUAGCAAUUGAUAUGAUCAACAGAUUAUCAAAAACUGAUGCACAUUUCAAACAUCAGCAACGUGGAGAACCAGAUUUAACCUGUGAAGAAAAGUCUGCAAUCGCCAGUGAAAUUCUAAAAAAAAAUCCAGCCUUAUUUCUAGAAAGAUUUUCACAAUUUCUCACCUUGAAUGAUGUUGAAUGCUUUAAACAGUUUAGAGGGGAUUACAGGAUAGAUUUUUAUAUUGAUGAAAUAAACAGAAGAUGUGCAGAUACAAGUAAAAGUGUUGUUAAAAACAGAAGAUAUCAAGCUCUGAAAUUUCUCAUGGAUGAAGGAGAAUAUUUUUCAGAAGAUGAAAUGAAAUGGAGAGAUCCACUACUUUAUGCUCAAAUGAUUGGUCAAUAUGAAAGUGAGUCAGAGGUGACAGAGAAAAUGGAACAGGAAAUUGAUCCAAGUGAUCUCAAAUUUUCCACUAUUCUGUUGAAACACAUGGAUAAUCUGACCAACAAACAACAUUUUGAAAUGCUGAAAGAAAUGGAGGAAGAACAAGAGGAAGAGGAGGAAGAAGAAAGUGAGGAAGAGGAAGAAAAUAAAAGUGAUUCAAAGCAAAAGAGCUUCAGGCAUCAAGAUAUCAACACUAGUAACAAUGUGGAUGAGAUUUCUAGUGUUGAGAAAGCCUAUCUCAGAACUGAGUUUUUAAGAAUCAUGCAAGAAAGAUUUCUAUCUGGUGAUGACUCAAACUUUGAUUACAGCAAAGUGGACAGCAAUGCUGAUUAUGAUGCAUUAGACAUUGUGAGUUAUGAUGCAGAGGAAAAAUACUUUGAUGCUGAUGGUGAAGAUGGUGAACAAAGUAGAGACUCAUCCCUAAGUAGACAGCUGGAGUGUAUUGAGCUUGACAGGCAACAAGCUGAUGUAGAGGAGGAGGAUUACAUGAAGUUUGUUCCUUCAGAGGAUGUCAACAAAAUCACAUAACAGAAGAUUAAACUUUUUGUUUCAAAAAGACUUGUAAACUUAUUUGAAAAUAAAAAAUAUAUAAAUUUA